CUGCCGCGUAGGUACGAGCGGGGCACUGUGGCGCUGGCGGACCAUGCCCCGGGACUCCCCGUCGCUGUGGGAGCUGGUGGAGGAGCACGUUCCGCUCCCGGAGCGGCCCGAAGUGAAGAGGAUUCUGGGGGAGGCGGCGGUGGACCUGAGCCUGGAGCUGUGGGCGGAGGUGGCGAUGUUACGGGCACUGCUCCAAGAGUCUCGAUCCUCCCAAGCCCUCAGUUCACACCCCAUCUCUGACCCCUCCUCUCUUCUGGCACCGUCGCCCCCCCUAAGGGACCUCGUGCGCCAGGAACUCCGGCAGCUGCUCCAGGGUCUCCGCCACAAGGCCAUCUGUGAGGGCAGGGACCAGGCCCAGGCUUGGGUCCAGUAUAGCCCCAGGGUCCUGCGCUUUGCCUUGGAGGAGCCCAGGUGUGAUUUGCCAGAACGAGAGAUAGUCCAGAUGAGAGCUGGUGAACCCAGCAGCAGUCACAGGGACCUCAGCGCUUUCAAGGACCAACUGAACGUGUCCAACAUUGAUCAGGUUGCCAGACACCUGAGGGGCCUCCUGGAAGAGGAGUGUCGCACCUUGGAGAGGGAGAUCCCCAUCCUGCAGCGCUGCCUGGAAGAGGAGUCCUUGCGGGCUUGCCACCCCUCUGAGGCAACCCUGGAGCCCACCCUGGCAGAGCUAAAGGAGCAGAGGAGUGCCAUGGAACAGGAGCUGCAGGCAUCUCUGGGGCCUUCUUGUUUCUCUUCCGACCACAGGCAGUGGCCCUUGGGGUCCUCCACUCAGGGCCUCAGACCCCUUCCUUGCCUCCGUGGGGCUGCUGGAGUUUGGGCUGCACCUCUCCAAUGCCACCUGCCUGCACCUCCUUUGGAGCGCUGUCCCCGACCUGGAGGCCAGGCCGCCAGCUGCCGCUGGGGACGGCAGCUUCAGUGCAGACCCAGGGAAGGGCCAAGUUCCACCCCAGUGUCCAGUGUGGUGCCCCAGGCGCCAACCUGAAGGGCAGGUCACAAAGUAGGCUUCUGUUCCUGCUGGAAUGCACCCUAUCUGCUGCUGCCUCUCGGCUGCCAUGGCCCAGCCAGCUUCAGCUGGAGUCUUGGAUGAGCUCUUGCCAGGACCCCAAGGCUGUCCGUCUGUCUGGCCUUUGCCCCACUCCCUUGCCAGAUCCCUGUAUCUGGGGCUGUGCGGCUGGGCAUCUGUCCCAAUGCUCAAAGCCUUUGGCCUUUCUCCUGCAGACAGAGGUCCCAUCCCAGCCCUGACUCUCAUUCCCUGGGGGACCCAGACAAAGCACAGCAGCAGCUCAGAGACAGGAAUAGAAAUUUCAUUAAAAUCUAUGGACUUUAAAA